CUACUAGCCAGGGUUGUCUUGUGACUAAAUAGGGGUUGUUACUUAUAAGGCCACUGUGUGAACGCGUUUAUAAUGAUGAUCUUGUUUGUAGUAUUCAGGAUAAUAUACACGCCGCAUGCGCAUGUCAUUAGCGUGUUCAACGACUCUCGAGCUUAACAACCCCAAGAUCUACCACGAAGUCAGACCGUUCGCUUCUCUGUUGAAAUUGAAAGACUCACGAUGAUGGAGGCAGAGCUCAGCCCUUAUCCAGCUUUGGUAGAAGUAGUGGGUGGGGGCACCUUCCACACGUCCUUCUCUUCUCCAGAUGCCGAUGUGAUACUUGGUUCCAACGAUCACACCCUAUUCCGUAUCCAUUCAUGGACCCUCAAAACGACAUCAGGCUGGUUCCGAUCCCUCUUUUCCAUGCCUCAACAAAGCCCCCUUCCUGAUCACCCCGAUACUAUCAAUCUAGACGAGGACGCACACACACUAGAGAGUCUCCUGCGGAUGAUCUGUGGACUCCCGAUCAUCCCACUCACAUCGUAUGAUGAGGUUGAUGAAUUAUUAUUUGCCGCGGAAAAAUACGAUAUGCCGGGGCCUGUCUCGCUCAUACGUAUUCUUAUCAUGACACCCCCACUCUUAGAUCAGCCUCUACGCCUUUACGCAGCUGCAACUCGUUUUGGCUGGGAAGAAGAGGCAAAACAUGCAUCCGCGCAGUCCCUCGCCCUUAACAUCUAUGCACCAGAACAUCAAGCCACCCUCCGAAAACUCUGCACGAGCGCUGUGCUUGACCUAAUAAACUUACAUCGCGAUCGGCGCGAAGGUAUUCGGAAACGACUUAGUGAGCAGCCGUUCGUGACAGGGAGCACGGUGGCGUCCUGCCCGCGGUGCAGGCGGACGAUUGAUCACCAUACAUGGAGAGAGCUCAAGUAUAAAGUGGUGAUGGAGAUGGACGUGCGCCCGCUAGGAGACACGGUUGUUGAUGUUGGAUUGAUCGUUUGGCCCGAGGCGAAGGCGUGUUGGGAAGCCAAGUGCCCCAAUUCUGAGUGCACGUGUGUGUUGUAUGACAAGACUGAGACCUUGCGUCUCAUUCGGGAGUGCAUUGACAGUCUUCCAAAGACAACAUGAAACAUAGAAGUAGUUCGAGUCGGUCGUACUCUUAAAGUCAGAUGUAGAUGUGAUGUAGAUUAGUAUGUCGUAGAGUCGCGGAACAAUUGUACUAUACUUCGAGGAUGAACGCGCUUUUCAGGAAUUUUCUGAAUUCUAGCUUCGCUGUGUCGUGUGUUUAUCAGUCU